CCGAGAUACUACUGUGUUUCCAGAUAACUUGUACUAAUUUCAGUGUUGAUUUGUAAUAAUAUUAAUAUUAUUACAAAUGCAAUAGUUCAUUAUAAAUAAUAUUAAAAAUGAAUUGUUGUAUUUGUAAAAUUAAAUAUGGUGAUGGACUAAAUUUUCACAGGUUCCCAAAAAUUGAGGCUCGAAGGCAACAAUGGCUAACAGCAAUUAAUAAACAUAUUGGAAACUUUACGCCUAUUGCAAAUGCACGUAUAUGUAGCCAGCAUUUUUCAAAGGAUUCUUUUCUGUCAACAUGUAGUGGAAAAAUUUAUUUAAAAGCUAAUGCUGUACCUAGCAUAUUUAACAUGCCUGUAAAAACAUAUUUAAAAAUUAACAAACCAUUACGAGAAUGUGAUAAAUUUAAUAUUAAUUGUGAGAACUUUUCAACUGAGCUUUCAACAACGAGUAACACUUCUCACAGUGAAACGUUGGACAUCACAGUAAUAGAAAAAGGAAAUAUAAAUGUACAUCAGCAACAAUCAUACAUAGAGAAUUUAAAAACUACUAUAAACAUGGAAGAGAAUCAAAAUAAUUCAUACAGACAAAGUGCCUUUAUUUCUAAGAAGCGUACAACUAAAUUUGGAACCAUACAGAGUUCAUCUGUUGAUAUUUCAACAAUCACAGAGGAAAUAACUUUGCAGAAAGAGCUUUAUAAUGAAAGAAAGAUCAAUGCAAAAUUAAAAAAAAAAGUAGAAAUCUUGCAACAAAGGAGCAGACGAUUACAAAAAAGAGUAACGUCUAUGUCAUUACUUUUAAAGCAUUUGCAAGACAGACAACUUUUAUCAGAAGGUGCUGCAGAUAUGUUAUAAGUAAGUUGUAAAAAUAUCUGUCAUACACAUACAUGAUAUAAUGAAUGAAUUACACAGAAACAAAUUUUGUGUAUGGAAAGCAUAUAGACUAUGAUAUGUAAGUAUAUGUACUUUGCACAUGUACUUUUUAUACUAAUGUCUUAAAAAAAAGUAUUCUUAAAGCUGAAAGUCUUCGUUAACAGAUAAAUGUUUCAAUGACGGAAAAAGAAAUAAUGAAGAGACACUUAAGUAAAAAAAGAAAAAGACCUUUUCCUGCAGCAAUUAAAAUGUUUGCUGCAACGUUACAAUUUUAUUCCACGAAAGCCUAUGAAUAUAGGCUGACAAAUCAAUAAAAAAUGACAAUGAGGAAGAAGUAGAAAAUGAGUUUAUUAACGAUGAAUGGUGUAUGUCAAAUUAUAUUACAGAUGUAGUAACAUAUAUAUAUCUGGAUUUGUUGCC